AUGGAGCAAUGGGCGUACUACCUCUGCCUCUUCUUGGCUCUCCUCCUCCCUCUGCUGCUCCUCAACCUCAGGCUCAACACCAAGCGUCCCGGCGUGCGUCUGCCACCAGGCCCAUGGCGGCUGCCGGUCAUCGGCAGCCUGCACCACCUCGCCGGUAACCCGCUCGUGCACCGUGUCAUGGCCGACCUCGCGGGCCGGCUGGACGCGCCGCUCAUGUACCUCAAGCUCGGGGAGGUGCCGGUCGUGGUGGCCACGUCCCCGGAGGCCGCCCGCGAGAUCAUGCGGACGCACGACGUCGUCUUUGCGACACGGCCUUGGAGCCCCACCAUGAAGAUCAUGAACUCCGAAGGGGAAGGGCUGGUAUUCGCACGCUACGGCACCCCGUGGCGGCAGCUCCGCAAGAUCUGCAUCCUGGAGCUUCUCAGCGCGCGCCGCGUGCAGUCGUUCCGCCACAUCAGGGAGGACGAGGUCGGCCGCCUCGUGGCCGCCGUCGCGGCGGUGCCGCCUGGGGAGCCAGUGAACUUGAGCGAGCGGAUCGCCGUGCUCAUCACCGACUCGGCGGUGCGCGCCAUGAUCGGGGACAGGUUCAAGAGGCGGGAGGAGUUCUUGCAGACGCUCGAGGAAGGGGUCAAGCUCGCCACCGGGUUCAACCUUGGCGACUUCUUCCCAUCGUCGUGGCUCGCCAACUUCAUCAGCGGCACGGCACGGCUGGCGGAGGAGAACCACCGCAAGAGCUACGAGCUCAUGGAGUACGCGAUCAAGCAACACGAGGAGCAGAGGGCCGCCGCCUCGGCGAACGGCGACGUGGAGGAAGGAGAGGACCUAGUGGGCGCGCUCCUGAGGAUCCGCAAGGAAGGUGGCCUCGACGUGCCUCUUACCAUGGGAAUGGUCAAAGGAGUCAUACUUGAUUUAUUUGGCGCUGGGAGCGAGACAUCAGCUACCAUGCUUCAAUGGGCCAUGUCAGAGCUCAUGAGGAACCCAAAUGUGAUGCGGAAAGUACAAGCUGAAGUACGCGGAAACCUCCAAGAAAAGCAUAAAGUGACCGAGGAUGACUUGACCGAUCUCAAGUACCUCAAACUCGUCAUCAAGGAGACAAUGAGGUUGCAUCCAGCCGCACCAUUGCUUCUCCCUAGGGAGGCUAGUGAGCCUUGCAAAAUCCUCGGAGACCCAAGGCACUGGGAAGACUCCGAGGAGUUCAAACCAGAGAGGUUCGAUUCUGGCAUGAUUGACUUCAAAGGCACAGACUUUGAAUACAUACCGUUUGGGGCGGGCCGGAGGAUGUGCCCUGGAAUGACGUUUGCUCAAGCCAGCAUGGAGAUCGUGCUCGCCGCACUGGUCUACCACUUCGAUUGGGAGCUCCCGAAUGGGGUGAAGCCUGAUGGGUUGGACAUGACAGAGAAGAUGGGAGUAACUGUUCGGCGGAAGAACGAUCUGCAUCUAUACCCUGUGGUCCACGUGCCUCCGAUUUGA